AUGGCUGCCCAUGUGGACCCGCUGGUGGUGGGGAUGGUGAUCGGCGACGUGGUGGACCUGUUCGUACGGACGGUGGCCAUGUCGGUGCGCUUCGGCACCAAGGACCUCACCAACGGCUGCGAGAUCAAGCCAUCCAUGGCCGCCGCCGCUCCGGCCGUCCAGAUCGCCGGCAGGGCCAACGACCUCUUCACCCUAGUCAGUACUGACGCUAAUUUUUCCGUCUACUUUUGGGGAUCGACCUCCUGCGUGCAAAUUAAAGGCUGGUGGUUAACAUACCAGGUGGAGCAGAUCCUUGUCAAGCUCCACGAGUCUACACGUGUAAGCAGCACGCACUCUUGUAUUUGGUCGUUGCUGACGCGCUCUUCCGCAUUAUGUGCAGGUGAGACGGUGAUGCCGUACCUGGGCCCGUGCCCGCCGGUGGGCAUCCACCGCUACGUUCUGGUGGUGUACCAGCAGAAGGCCCGCUUCAUGGCUCCGCCGGCGCUGGCACCGGGGGUGGAGGUGGAGGCGUCGCGCGCACGGUUCAGGAACCGCGCCUUCGCCGACCGCCAUGACCUAGGCCUCCCCGUCGCCGCCAUGUACUUCAACGCGCAGAAGGAGGUAGCCAACCGCCACCGCCACGACUGA